AUGCUCCGUCCACGGUUAACGGGUGUACCCCAGAAGGAUCUCACCGUCUCCGUUAUCACCAUCACAAUUCCAAAAGUUGUGUGGCAAACUAAACUUAGAACCGCUUCUCUCUAUGAUAAUGUGUCAAAGCAUUGUGCUGCCUGCUGCUGUGAUGACUUCUUCACCGCCGACCUUGUUUAUCAAUGCUUGAUCACGGCGCCCUUCAAUCAGACCAUAGCUCUACAGUUCCUCCAAUACUAUGAGGAUACCCUGCAGCUCCAGACGACUCAAGCAUACCUGAAACAGCCACCUUCAGACUAUCAGCAGCCAUCUUUCGAUCUUUACGGCGGUCUUGACAAGAUCCGUGACCAAGUGAAUCAAGGCGGAUUCAAGAAUGAGUAUGAUUUCGAAUAUGCUGUGCAACAACUCGUGCUGCAGACCCACGAUGCCCACUUGCUUCUUGCAUACGGUAUAAUGAGCAUAUUCAGCUUUGGAUCUCCAUACGGUAUUGUCUCGGUAUCAACAAAUGGCAUCGAGCUUCCCAAGAUAUUCAUAACCGAUGAUUUGUUGGAAGCCCAGAACGACGAUGCAGAUUGGGAGGCAUCGCCAAUCACGACAAUAAAUGAUCAAGACGCCGUAGCGUACCUAGAGGAUUUUGCGACGCACAACGUACAAGGCUACAUAGAGCCAAACGCCGACUUCAACAACCUCAUAACGACCCCUGCCAAUGACAUCCAGGGUAUCCUUAGCACUUUCGAAGGGUCUUCGAUCUUCUACCCUGGUGUCAACAUAACCUUCAAAUUCGAGAAUGGAACGGUUGUCGAUAGUGAUCCUUGGCUGGCUACGUGGGGUCCGUUCACUGAUCCAUCUGAUGCACCCAACAUCAUUACUGGCCAGCAGCUCUUCGACUGGUUCAUACUCGGCAUUGACAAUACUGAAGUUCCUGAUGACACGCCAACGUCUUCUGUUGCUGCAGAUGCAACGGCGACAGACGCGCCAACAAGCUCGAGCAGUGCUGCUGCAGAUAGCUCAGAUAGCUCCGACGCUGAUUCAUCUGACGACAGCUCUGAUGGUUCAUCUGAUGAUAGUGAGGACGACUCCAUUUUUGACGGAGACUCAAAUCUCCUUACGUCUUGGAACAACAUCGCCUAUCCAAUAGACCCAAUUGCCUCUCAGGCCAACCUUGGUGACAACGGCGGCGUGCUGACGGGCUAUGUUCUCAACGACAACAUUACGGCCGUCUUGAGCAUUCCAAGCUUUGCAAUGACCGUAGAAAACGCCUUCUCAUUCUCACAGACCGUGCAAGACACCAUCACGCGGACCAAAGCCGCUGGCUGCACCAGAAUCAUCGUCGAUCUCCAAGGCAACAUCGGAGGAAGUGACUUGCUCGCCACAGACGUAUUCAAACAAUUCUUCCCAACCAUCGAUCCAUUCGGCGGAGCACGUGCGCGUGCAGAGAAGACUGGCGACGCCCUCGGCAACACGUUCACAACUUUCUACGAGACCCACCAAUUCACCGACGCAGACAGCCCAACCUACGAAGAGCUCUCCGCCAGCGAAUGGGUAGCGACCUCCUACCUCUCCGCCUCCACAGGCCAAAAUUUCACCUCCUGGGGCGACUACUUCGGCCCCGUCCCCGACCACGACGACUUCUUCACCCAAGUCCAACGCAACAACCUCUCCAGCACCGUCUUCACCGAACAAGUCGCCGGCAUCGUAAUCGCCGGUUUCGCCAACCGCACCGCCAGCCCCCCACAACCCUUCCCCUCCAAAGACGUCAUCCUCCUGACCGACAGCCUCUGCUCCUCCGCCUGCGCGCGCUUCGUCGAAAUGAUGCGCACAGAGGGCGGCGCGCGCACCGUCGUCGCCGGCGGACGGCCAGACACAUCGCGCAUGCAAGCCGUAGGGGGGAACAAGGGCGCCGAAUCCUACAGCUCAUUCGAUCUCGACAUCGACAUCGCGACGGCAAUCGACACGUUCAACGCGAGCGUGGCGGGCGACCUCCCCAGCUCUCGCAGCGACGCUGUGGAUUUCGUGCUGCUCUACGCGGGCUUCAACAUCAAAGACGGGAUGCGCAAGGGCCAGAACACGCCGCUGCAGUUCACGUAUGAGCCGGCGGACUGCCGCAUCUUCUACACGACAUGGACGUUCUAUAAUUACAUCAAUCUCUGGAAUUAUGUUAUUGAUGCGCUGUACCGCAACCCAUCCCUCUGCGUCGCCAACACAAUUGGUCCUAACCCUUCAAACCCUACGACGCCGUCCGUGGGCAGCGCAAUCAUGAAGGGUCUCUCCGCCCCGCCUGCCCCCUCUCCCUCCCCCUCCUCCCCUUCCAAGCUCAAACCAAAACGCUCGACCACCAACUCCCGCAUCUUCGGCCGCAAUCAAAAAUUCAAGAAGCGCUCGCACCAGCAACGCAAACGCCAAACCUCCCUCCCCUCAAUCUCAACCCAACACUUCGACCGCCCAGCAGCAAUAGACCAAUGCCAGUCCUGCAAACGCGGCGAAUCGUGCUUCCCCGUGCCGUUCUGCCAAGAAGGCGCUUUAAAAUCGAUCCCGAAAUGCGUGCGGACGUGUAAUCAGAAAGCGUCGAUCGGGUGCCCUGGCGGUGAUGUUUGCUAUACGAAAGAUCCGGCCAGGGGGGGGCAGGGGGUGUGCUUGACUGGGGAUCAGAGCCAAGCCCAACGGCGGUGCGGCGCAGGGAAGGGAGGGAGUUCGGGCAUUGGAAAGGGGGGAGUAAGGCGAGUCCGAAUUUGGCCGCCGCCGGGUUGA